GAGAGAGCGCGCUGUGGGUCCAAACCAAAGUCCAAACCAAAUCUACUCUGGUCAGUGGUGACGCCCACUGGGACUUCCCCUCCCUUUCCUAGUUUCCUCCCAAUCGUGACCAAAUUCCGCCAGAUCGCCGGUGGUCUCCUUCGCCGGCCGCCUACAGGAACCGCUCAACCGCGGGCACCAGCUACCGCCGCCCGCCUUCUUCCUCCCUCGGAGUCCCCAAUACCACAACCCUUGCCGCAGAGAAAGGCGCUGUAGUUGGUGGUGGUAGAGCUGGCUGUGGAGGCGAGGGAGCGAGGAUAGGGAGGGGAUGACUAGCCUGUCAAUUACGGUGAUGACGCUCAACCUACACGAGGGGGAGCAACCGAGCGAGAGCCCCAACAGCUGGGAGAGGCGCCGCGACAUCUGCGUCAGCGUCAUCACCAGCUACUCCCCCACCAUCCUCUGCACCCAGCAAGGAUUGAGGUGGCAGCUGGACUACCUACAGCAGUGCCUGCCUGGUUAUGAGCAAUUUGGGAUUUCAAGAAAAGGCUCAGAGGAUAACACUGAUGAAUAUUGUACAAUAUUCUAUGAAAAAGAAAAGGUGGAGCUUACAGAAGGUGGUACCUUUUGGUUGUCAGAAUCUCCUUCAGUGCCUGGAAGCGUUUCAUGGGGGGCAACUGCACCCUGCAUUGCUACAUGGGCAACAUUUCAACUCAAACAAGUAGAACCACCUGGGUUCAGCUUCCAGAUUGUAAAUACAAACCUUGAUGAAGAUAGCCCUCGAGCUCGUAGACGAAGUGCUUUGCUAACGUGGCAACAUAUAGCAUCGUUGCCACCCAAUUUACCAGUGAUCUAUUGUGGUGGAUUCAACACACAGAAGGAGUCUAUGACUGGGCGGUUUUUGCUCGGUAGAUCCAGAGAACAUGGUGUUGUGGGUGAUAUGAGAGAUGCUUGGCCAAAUGCUCGUGUCCGCAAAAAUGUUUCACUCAUACAUACGUAUCAUGGAUUUAAAGGGGAGAAACAAGGUGCCCUAGAGUUUCUGAAAUUAAUAUUUAGAGCACUUUGUCUCUGCUGGGAUCGACAGACUCAGGACUUGCAUAUUGACUGGAUACUGUUUAGAGGGCGUCCACUGGUUCCUGCACUCUGUGAAGUCAUAAAUGACAAUAUUGAUGGUGUUUAUCCUUCUUCACAUUUUCCCAUAUUUGCUGAAUUUUUGCUUCCACGCUCCGUCCGCCUAGUGGAGACACCAUAAUCGUUUUGUGUGUUCUUUUUGCCAUACCAUUUCUUUUUCAUCAUUAAUGUUUCUUUUUGGUUAAAUUGUUUGUUUAUUUUUAUUUUCUCUCUGUCGCGUUUUGUUUGCCUUGAUCAUACACGUUACAUGUACUCCUGUAGUCCUGUGCAGAAUCUGGGCCAAUAUUCUUAUCAUCCAAUGUACUUUACCAGUCAGGAGUGCUGUUACUCUUGUUGCUCAGUCAACCUUUACUCUGUUCCCAGAGAUCUGUACAUAGUCUUACUACCAGUUUUGCUUUUGAGAGCAAUUUUAAAUUCCAUCUGUAAAUAAAAUUGCAAACUACUGACGUUGGUGAAGGAGGAAUAACUAUUUGUCACUCUUUAGAUGCUGCAA